AUGGGACUUGUCAACGUCGACGAGAUGGGAUUGUUUUACAAGGCACUCCCGUCCAAGAUUUUGACAUACAAGGGUGAAAUGUGCAGUGGUGAAAAACGUAGCAAAGAACGGAUCACCAUGCUCGUAGGUGCAAAUAUGGACAGCUGUGAAAAGCUGAAGAGUAUUGUUGUUGGCAAAUGGAAACACCCACGUUCCUUUAAAGGUACACAACAGCUUCCUGUCAGCUACUAUGCCAAAAGCAAAGCGUGGAUGACACGAACAAUCUUUGAGAACUGGCUGAAGGAGGAUGAUGCGAAGUGCGCAAGGCAGAAGAGAAAUGCUGUUUUUAUAGUGGAGAACUCCCCUGUUCACAGCCACGUGAUCGGACUGAAAUCGAUCACCAUCAAGUUCCUGGCAGCGAACACAACUGCUGUGAUCCAGCCAAUGGACCAGGGUGUGAUACAGAACUUGAAGGUGCUCUACUCUCGUCAGCUUCUGCAUCGAAUGCUGCUGUGUGCGGGUAACAACAAGGACUACUGCAUGAACCUGCUGUCGGCAUUUCUCAUCCUCACACAUGCCUGGUAA